AUGAAGUCAUACGUGCUCCUCCCAGCCCUGCUGCUGUCCCUUGGAUGCACAGGCAUCCCACUGUACAACUCUGAGCUGCAGUCUGCGGCAGACAGCGCUCUGGGAGCAGCUUUGGCAGAGGUCAACUCUGUGUAUGCUGCCAGCCACCUUUACCGGGUCACUACAGGCUCUGUCACAAAGGUCAUCCCCACGGGCCUGGACACCAUCGACCUGCUGAUGGUUUUUCGGAUUAAGGAGACUCAGUGUGCAAAGACUUCCCAAGACGACCCUCAGGCCUGUGCCUUCAGGCCUGGCUUCUUUGUGCCCUCCUUCACCUGUUCCACCCGGGUACGAAUGAUGGCCAGAUCUCCCCAGGUGGUCUCUCUGAGGUGCGGCCACGAUGGCAGCUCCAGCUCAGAGAGCAGCGAGGAGGUGUUCUUGAGAAGGAGACACCAGUUCAAUGCCCCAUUUGCUAACAGAGUUCCAGCUCCAGCUGCACCUUCAGCCCAGCCUGGUGGCUCCCGGUACAACCAGUUGGCAGAAGACCGACCCAGAGGAGACACUUUCAGCAACUAUGUAGUGUGA